AUGGUGGUAGUAGAGAUUGAUAUAGUUUUUAAUGGAGUUGGUUUGGGAGUUGAAAUACUUAAUAUUGUAGUAUCCAACGUGGUUAUUAUAGCUGGAGCCGUGGUAUCUAACGUGGUUAUUAUCUCUGAAGCCGUGGUAUCAGUGGUUAUUAUAGGUGGAGCCGUGGUAUCCAAUGUGGUUAUUAUAGCUGGAGCCGUGGUAUCCAACGUGGUUAUUAUAGCUGGAGCCGUAGUAUCCAACGUGGUUAUUAUAGCUGGAGCCGUGGUAUCCAAUGUGGUUAUUAAAGCUGGAGCCGUGGUAUCCAACGUGGUUAUUAUAGCUGGAGCCGUGGUAUCUAACGUGGUUAUUAUAGCUGGAGCAGUGGUAUCUAACGUGGUUAUUAUAGCUGAAGCCGUAGUAUCGGUGGUUAUUAUAGCUGGAGCAGAGGUAUCUAACGUGGUUAUUAUAGCUGGAGCCGUGGUAUCUAAUGUGGUUAUUAUAGCUGAAGCCGUAGUAUCAGUGGUUAUUAUAGGUGGAGCCGUAGUAUCUAAUGUUGUCAGAAUAUUUGGAGCUGUAGUAUCCAACGUGGUUAGUAUUUCUGGAGUUGUGGUAUCUAAUGUGGUUUCCAUUGAUAGUAGUUUUAGGCUUCCUGUAGUACUAAGGCUGGUUUCCGAUGCAGUGACCAGUUCUGUUGUAAAUGGAUCAAUUAAACCUGUAUAA